AAGGGAACUUCAACUGGCUCGGGAGCUACUCUCAAUGUGUGAAUGUCACCAAGAAGGGGUUCGGAAGCACCUUCGAUGCCAAGUACUACAUAGCAACACUGGUGCCUGUCCCGAAACCCGCACAGCUGUCUGUGGAGGCAUCAGGGUAUGGUGCGAUCACGCUACACCUGGGAGUCUGCGUCCCGAGCUCCUGUACUGCAGAUGACGUCAUACAGAGACUGGACAACAGUCUGUACUUCCGGCUGCUGGUUGAGAGAGGCACCUUGCAGGUGACGUCAGCCACGUCACCAGAAUCCGCCCCCAUGCACAGCAAGACUAUUGCUGCUAUCUGUGUCUGUAGCGUCAUCCUCAUGCUGGUCGUCAUGGGAACCGCGUAUGACGUCAUCAUCUACCAACCGAGGUUAGGCGCCAUCAAGAGCAGUAAGGACCCAAAAGACGAAAGGAACGGUGGAUUAUCGCAUCAGCACGUCGACAGCGAGCAGCCGAACGAGCGGACCCACCUCAUCAACUCGACUGAACAGAAACAAACAGAAGCAGUGGCGACAAAGGAAGAAAAUGUGUCCUGUCGUGUCCUCCUGUGCUUCUCCCUCUACACGAACAUCGGGAAGCUCCUAAGCACCAGUCAGGCUCCCGGAGCGAUCAAGUGUCUCCACGGCAUCCGCUUCCUCAGUAUGAGUUGGGUCAUCUUGGGGCACACCUACGCCUUCGCCGAACCUGUCAUUGAUAACGGAUCGCUGGCUCUGGAGGUUAUUGGACAGUUCACGUUUCAGGCUGUCGGAAACGCCUUCGUAUCGGUCGACUCCUUCUUCUUUCUAAGUGGCCUGCUGACCGCCUACCUGCUGCUGAAGCAGAUGCAGAAGAGCAGGGAGAAGGGGCAGUCCAUCCCGUACUGGAUGAUGUACGUGCACAGAUACUGGAGACUGACGAUGCCCUACGCGUUCGUGCUGAUGAUGUGGCUGUGCGUGUACCCGUACAUGUUCGUCGGCCCCUUCUGGCCAGGCGAGGCGCUAGACCCUGGCUGUCACGGGGCGGACUGGUGGAAAAACCUCCUCUACGUCAACAACGUCGUCAAUCCGGAGAGAGGGUGCAUGGGCUGGUCCUGGUACCUGGCGAACGACAUGCAGUUCUUCAUCAUCGGCGUUCCUCUCCUAUAUCUGAUUUUCAGAUGGCGUCCUGUUGGGUUUGCCUUGAAGCUGGCUCUUCUUCUCUCGAGCUUCAUCGCGACAGCGGUGAUCUGCUUACAUGAUAAACUCAGCCCCAGUAUUUACGGAAUGUCACAGCCGGAGUGGAUGGAGCACUACUACCUGAAGCCGUGGUGCCGGAUCGGUCCGUACCUGGUCGGCAUGGCGGUCGGGUGGCUGAUGGUCAGGAUCAAGGGAAGCUCUGUCAACCGAAAGACUAUGAUGAUAGUCGCUCCUGUUGGCUGGGCGGUCGCCACCGCCACUGCCCUAGCCGUGCUGUACGGACUGUACGGCACCUACCACGGGACCGUCAUGACCAACUCCGAGAACGCGUUCUACCUCAGCGUGCACCGGGCCGUGUGGGGCAUGGCGCUGGGCUGGAUGGUGCUAGCCUGCUUCUACGGAUAUGGAGGACUGGUGAACACGUUCCUAUCGUGGGAGCUGUGGGUGCCGCUGAGCCGGCUGACGUACUGCGCCUACCUGGUGCACCCCAUGGUCAUCUAUGUGGCUUUCUACACUCGGGAGGUUACCCUACACUACUCAACUCUUACCGUGAUCUAUUUCUUCCUGGGAAACUUGGUUCUGUCCUACGGCCUGGCGUUCCUGGUGUCCGUCACGGUGGAGGCGCCUCUUCUGGGGCUGGAGAAAAUUGUCUUCCGGAAAUAAUUCUGAGUUUAGCUUAGCUUUAUCGUUUGACCAGGAUAAUUACAUCUCACGUCUGGCCUGUGACAUAGGAUGAACAUAGGAUGUUGGAGUUUUCUUUUACUCAGCCAGUAAUGUAUCUCACGCGAUUGCGUUUCGACGCCUCAGAGUUUUUGAUGUCUGAUAGGCAUCGAAACGUAAGCAGGUGAGGCUUAACUACAGCUUGUUAUGAAAAAGAAACUCCAACAUCCUAUUCGUAGGUCCUUAUUGACAACGAAUAUAUGUACAAUAUUUACGUUACCAACAUAUAUAGUAGAACAAUAACCCUUUACACGUCAAUGCUGGUUAGACAUCCAGGUAAUAGGGUAGACAAUACAAAAGCUACAAAACUUGACCAGCAGGUGGAUAAGUUUUGUAAUUUGUCAGACAUUUCCGAUACUGUGGCAUCCGUUAUCUUUAUAAAUUACUGGCGAAAGACAGUGGGUGCUACCUGAAACUUCUGGUCGUUUACAAAACUUAUCCCCUUUGUUUUACUAACGUAUAGUUUUGUGAAUGAUUCUUUACAUAUAGAUACUAAUAAAGCCGAACUUUAAACAUAGGAGAUCAGCAAAAGACUACAUUGUUACUCCAAGCACAAACUCACUCAAUUUGCAGAAAGUCGGACAAUUCAUCAACCACUGCCUACAAAGAAGAAGUCAAACCCUACACUAGUAAACACAGUACCUUGUAGUAGAUUAGAAACCAAUGUUAUGUACUGAAUGACCUUACUCUUAUUUUGAGACUGUAUGUGCCUUCGGCCGUGAUUUUGCAGAUAAACUCUUCUAUAAAUAAAGCAAUGAAAAAAAAAAACUUAUUGAUUGCUAUUUUUACCAUCUGUUCUGGAAAGCCGUUGUUGUUCCCAUCUGACUUUGAUAGAAUGCGAGUUUGUUACAAAUCGAUGACCCAUAGUUUUGAAUGCUUAGAACUGUAAAAACACUGCCAAUUGUUGUCUUCUUCAAACUACGACACUCGACAGUAAUGAACAUAUAUGUAAACGUCAUCCAUGUAAAUUUAGAAAGAUGUUUUUAAUAUAAGUUACAGCGUGAUUCUUAAUGAUAGAUUUCUAUAUUUCCUUCAGUUGGGAGAACAGGUUAACCGUUACCUCAUUCUAGACUUUAAAGUUUAAACUUGUUGUGCUCAUCAUGUCAAUGUUCAUAGACGUGCCUCGCACUAGGAGACGCACAUAAGUAGCUGAGAACCAAACUGACUAGCAAACAGCAAAGGGAGGAACAGAGGCCGCCGGUUUCUGGCCUGAGCAUUUACACGGAAGCUUUAAAUCCAAGGGACUGCAUACAGGUAGCACUAUCAUAAAUUCCACAACGACAUGUGAAUAGAACACUAUGACGAACUACAUGUUAAUUUAGGAUAUAACGUUAACAGCUUUUUGGUGUAUCGAAUAGGUGCAAAAAACCACUCCAUGACCCAAAGACGCGUACAAUGUCAAUAUUUGAG